AUGACCACUUCCGACCAGUCCAGGAUUUUCAAGAAUUACAUCCCCUAUCUAUUACAUGGGAAGAAAAUCAAGGACGAUUUCCUUAACACUUCAGUUCAAGAUUUGGGGACUGUUUUAGACACAGCCAAGUCACUUAUAUUUUCUCUUCCACUCCUGGCUGCUGCUCAUCAACAAUUCCUAGAAGGAUGUAGACAUGCAGAUGCAACUGGUCUUGAUGGUUUAAAGGUUCAGAUUAUACUAUCAUCUAUCUGCUAUCAACCUUGUUUAUUCAUGUCAGAAUUCAGCAAUCCUAUUAGUGUUGAUGUCAGUGAAAAGCAAGAUAAACUUGGUGAUGGAGACUAUUACCAUGACAUGUCAUACUUGGUGCCUUAUUCAACUUAUCAGAAGCUGCCACCUGAUGUUGAAGGAGAUGGGAAUGAGUCUAAUUCAACCAUUUCUUCAGAGUCUGAUGUUAAUGGAGUUGUUAUUGAAGAAUCACAAAGCCAAAACAACAAAAUAUCAGAGAUGAGAAUGCUUGGGUGCUAA